AUUUCAUCCAUCAAGACAACCAGCUAAACGCAAGACUUUUUGGCGAAGCAGAGGAUUUUAAAAAAAAAUAAUGGAGAUUUUAAGUUUAUUGACAAUGGUGGAGAUCAUGGUUGCCCUGAUAGUAAUCCUAAUCCUAGGUUUAUUUUCCGUCAUAAUUUUCGAAGCUUAUAGAAGAAGACAUAACCACUCGCACGUCGAAGCCCCUGCGAUCUUUGAGGAUCCGAAUUCGUUGAAACAGGUUCGUUGCCCUUCUGUUUUUGAUCCAGCAGAAAAGUACUUAUCUUUGAUUGUUCCAGCAUUCAAUGAAGAGCACAGGCUCCCUGGAGCUCUUGAUGAAACAAUGAAUUAUCUUCAACAACGUGUGGCACAGGAUAAAUCUUUUUCAUACGAGGUGAUGAUUAUUGAUGAUGGAAGUGCUGAUGGGACAAAAAGGGUAGCUUUUGAAUAUGUCAAGAAAUACACUGUGGAUAAUGUGAGGCUUAUCCUUCUCGGUAGAAAUCAUGGCAAGGGAGAAGCUAUUAGAAAAGGAAUGCUUCAUUCACGUGGUGAACUACUUCUAAUGCUGGAUGCUGAUGGGGCAACCAAGGUUAAUGACCUAGAAAAGCUUGAAAAUCAGAUCCACGCAGUUGCUAAAAAGGAAUUUCAGUUGGGUGAUUCAGCGACUAGUGAUUCGAGUUUUAGAGUAUCUGAUGUCCCAAUUGUUGCAUUUGGUUCCCGUGCUCACCUUGAGGAGAAGGCCCUGGCUACAAGGAAGUGGUACCGCAACUUUUUAAUGAAGGGUUUCCAUCUUGUGGUUCUCUUGUCUGCCGGUCCUGGAAUUCGGGAUACACAGUGUGGUUUUAAGAUGUUUACGAGAGCCGCUGGAAGGAAACUUUUCAGCAACAUUCGUUUGAAAAGGUGGUGCUUCGACGUUGAAUUAGUUUUUCUAUGCAAACGGUUUGACAUCCGAAUGAUUGAGACAUCUGUGAACUGGUCUGAAAUUCCGGGAUCAAAGGUGAACUUAUUAAGCAUUCUCAACAUGCUUUGGGAGCUUGCACUGAUGUCUGUCGGAUAUAGGACUGGCAUGUGGAGAAUCCGUAACUAAGUUAUAUCACACUUGAACUCAAUUGGGAGGAACAUCAUUAUCCCCGUUGUCGCUCGUUUUAUUUACACUAUCAGAGGAGACAAAUUUGCACAGGGAGCACCACGGCGUACACAAAACUUUUCCUUCGUAAGCCUAUAUGCAGGGGCCAAAAUAGAUUUAUUAAGUUACAUGAGUUUGUUUUAUUCCAAAGCCACGAACUAACGAAGUACUUGAUUUUUAGGUUUUAACCUUACAUUUUGCUGACUGACUAUAGAGUUGAAUCACUUUCUUGAGAACGUGAAGCUAAAGUUAUAUAUACAUUUCAAAAGAGAGAAAGGAGCAGAUAGAUGAAAAUUAUUGCUUUCUUGACU